UCUCCCUUAAAGUUCAUUCAUUUACAUCUCUCUUUAAUGCACCAUGACAAUUCCCUCAUACCCAUUUGCCCUCUUCACCCUUCUCUUCGUCUUCUUCAACCUCUCACUCUCUCACCCUCUCCACCUUCCCCCUCCCUCGACCAACAUCACCCUCUCCGGCGACGCCUCCAUAACCCACAACGCCAUCAGCCUCACUCAGCCGCUCUCCACCUGCCCAAGCACCAACGCCUCCGAGUUCAGCGUCGGCCGAGCCUUCUACUCCCACCCGGUUCGGUUUCUUGACCCGGAAACCAAAGACUUCGCCUCUUUCUUGACCCGCUUCACUUUCUCGAUGACCCAGCUGUGCUCUUCCGGCGACGGCAUGGCGUUUGUGAUCACCUCCCACGUGGAGGAGGGUUUAAGCUACUCCAAAGGGUUUAUGGGUCUUCCUCAAGAUUCGUUCUUUGCUGUGGAAUUUGACACCAGCUUUGACCCUGUGAUUGAUGACAUCAAUGGGAGCCAUGUUGGGAUUGAUCUCAACACUGUUGAGUCUGUGGCUUCUGUUAAUGCAGGGAUUGAUUUGGUGGGUGGGAAGGAGGUUACUGCUUGGGUUGAGUACAGAAAUGAUCUCAAGUUGGUUCGGGUCUGGGUCGGGUAUUCGUCGGAGAAUAAGCCGCCGGGUCCGGUUAUUGUGGCCCAGAUUGACCUCUCCAAGCAGUUUAAGGAGUUGGUGUAUGUGGGGUUCUGUGCUUCUAAUGGGAAGGGGUCUUCUGCCUACAUUGUUGAGAGUUGGAGGUUCAAGACCUUUAAUGGGUCUCUGCCUUCUGUGAUUCCUAUGGAUUUCUGGGAGGAGCAGGAUUGUUUCAUGUGUGGGGAGUCGAGUUCCGACAUUAGUUAUGUUGGUGUAAAGAAAACAAAGAUGGAGAUGGAGAUUGUUUUCGGGUUGGUAGGUUUAGCUGCAUUGGUGUUGUCUCUAGUUGCGGUUUAUGUGAUUUGUUGUGUGUGUGGGAAGAAGAGGAAGGGGAGGGCGAGAAGAAGUAUACGAGGUUGUAGGGUUGAGACGAGUAGAGUGCCGACGAGUUUGUCACUGGAAGAGAUAACAUCAGCUACAAUGGGGUUUGAUAGAAGCAGAAUUGUUGGGGAAGGAGCAACAGCUAAGGUUUACAAGGGGUGUCUGUUGUCUGGUGGAGAAGUGGCAGUCAAAAGGUUUGAGAAGGCUAAUGGGCUUGAUCGCUUGCGUGGUCCUUUUACUAAUGAGUUUGCAACAAUGGCAGGGUGUUUGCGGCACAAGAAUUUGGUUCAGCUUCAUGGCUGGUGUUGUGAGGGUAAUGAGCUAGUUCUGGUGUAUGAGUUCAUGCCGAAUGGAAGCCUCAACAAAAUUCUCCACAGAAGUUUCAAUGCGGCUGUUGUCCUAUCUUGGAGGCAAAGACUUAACAUUGUUCUUGGAGUUGCAUCUGCUCUUGCGUAUCUUCAUGAGGAGUGUGAGAGGCAGAUAAUUCACAGAGAUGUUAAAACUUGUAACAUAAUGCUAGAUGCAGAGUUUAACGCUAAACUUGGGGAUUUUGGUCUAGCAGAAGUAUAUGACCACAGUUCCAUCACAAGAGAAGCGACCAUACCAGCUGGAACAAUGGGAUAUCUUGCUCCUGAAUACGUUUACUCUGGUGUUCCAACUGUUAAAACUGAUGUCUAUAGCUUUGGUGUGGUGAUGUUAGAAGUGGCAACGGGUAGAAAGCCAGUGGAGGAUGAUGGUACAGUGAUUGUUGAUUGGGUUUGGGGCCUGUGGGAAGUGGGGAAACUGAUUGAAGGUGCUGAUUCAAGGCUGGCUGGAAAGUUUGAUAAAGUCGAGAUGGAAAGGAUGCUGAUGACUGGACUUGCUUGUGUGCACCCAAACCAUGCAAAGAGGCCAACAGUUAAAGAAGCUGCAAGGAUAUUACAAGGAGAAGCGCCACUUCCUGUAUUGCCUGCAAGAAAACCUAGGGUGAGCCUUCGACCUAUCUUUCAUGAUGAUACUGAAGAAUUCCGAAACUUGUGUGCUGGUAGGUUCAGCCUUGAACUUGAUGAUGUACCAUACAUGACCCCCAAGAGCCACUUUGGCAAUGAUCAGUAGCUCAGAAACAGGCCAAUUUGGUUUCUGUAAGAUGAUAUUUUAGGUUAGCCAAUUUGUUAUAUUCAACAUCCUAUAGUACCGAAAUACUCAUUGUUUUACACAACAGGGAAUAUGUG